AUGCUUCGGCAGUUGCCGUACCAGAACGUCGUAACCUUCUUCCCUCCGCCGGACGAUCUCCCGGUUGCAGCAGGCGUAGGCACUGUGGAGGGCUGUAUCGAGGAUGCCACGGGAAGGUCAAACAAGUCGUCCGCGAAAGCGGGCAGGGAGCAACCCAGGCAAUACCACAAAUCGUUGCUGGAGCUCAACUUCCUGUACUCUGGCAGAGAGACACGCAUGAACAGUGGGGCCAGCGGUCAAAUGCAUCACAGCACAGCGCGGCCUGGCAACCCAGAACACGUUUGGUACAACGGGUGCAGAAUACUACUGGACGCUGUAUUCCUUUUGGGUACCAUCCUACAAUGCCACGCAAAGCGUCCCAACAUAGUGUUCAUUUUGGGUGAUGAUUUGGGAUGGGGAGACGUCAGUUUCCAUGGAUCCACGCAAAUCCCGACCCCAAAUAUCGACGUCCUGGCGGGAGACGGUGUCAUUCUCAACAACUAUUACGUGCUGCCAUUGUGCACCCCAUCCAGAGCAGCACUCAUGACUGGGUUAUAUCCAAUUCGCAAUGGCAUGCAGUUGACCAGUAUCCAGGCUGCAGGACCGUGGGGUCUGCCGCUGGAAAAUAAGAUUUUACCGCAGCACUUCAAAGACUUGGGCUACGACGUGAACAUGAUCGGGAAAUGGCACUUGGGAUUCUUUAAAACGCCAUACGUGCCGAUCAAGCGGGGUUUCGACACUUUCUUUGGUUUUUACACCGGUUCCAACGAUUACUACAACCACACCUCGGGCAGUGACCACAUUGGACUCGACUUCAGAGAAAACGAGACGCCAGCAUUCAAUGAGACCGGACACUACAGCACACAUCUCUUCACCGACAGAUUCAUUACCGUAGUCGAAAACCGGAACAAAUCCAAGCCGUUUUUUUGCUACAUCAGUCAUCAGGCAGUGCACCAUGCGUUGAAUGCAGAGAUGUUCCAAGCUCCAGCACGCAACGUUCUCAAGUUUUCAUAUAUUGGAGAGCCAAACAGGACCAUUUACGCAGGAAUGCUAGACGCCCUCGACGAGUCCAUGGGAAGGGUUGUGGAGGCCCUAAGCAGCGCCGGCAUUCUUGAGGACACCAUCAUCGUCUUCAGUUCUGACAACGGCGGAAGUCCAUACGGACUGGAAUCCAAUCGGGGCUACAACUGGCCGCUGCGGGGAGCUAAGUUCACUCUUUGGGAAGGCAGUGUCCGAGUUCCGGCUUUCGUUUGGAAUCCAAAGCUCCUGAAGAAGUCCCGCGUCUCCAACCAGCUCAUGCACAUCAGCGACUGGCUUCCCACACUGUACACGGCAGCAGGCGGGAACGCGUCUGCUCUUGGCGGGAUCGACGGGGUCGACAUGUGGCAUUCGCUGACCCACGGCUCCGCGUCUAAACGAAAGGAAAUCCUUCUCAACAUUGAUUCAUUGUACAACAUUUCUGGACUGCGCUACAAACAGUACAAGCUCGUGGUGGGCGGAGGUUUUGACGGCGACUUGGACGACCACUACUAUUUUCCAGGCGGUACGCGCCCCACCAAUAACAUCGACCAGUUGAGGAACCAAUCAACGAUGGCACGGGUGCUCAAGGAGUUCUACGAGAAACAAGAUCGGUCUUGGUCGCCUCUGGCCUGGAGCAAGAACGUGGCCGUGGACUGUCGAAGAAAUAGGCUGACUGAGAACUUCGUACCGAUGCAGCCGCCGUACCUAUUCAACAUCGAGGAGGACCCCUGCGAGCUCAACAAUUUGGCAAAAACUAAGGGACAUACACUUCGUUUCCUGAUGAAAAAGUUGGAUGCCUACAACUCCACCGCGGUUCCACCUCUAUACCAGCAGGACGACCCCAGGGCAUACCCCGAGUACCACGGCGGCAUCUGGUCUCCAUGGCUAGAUUGA